AUGGCACAGCAACCGCCCUCCGACCAGGAAGCCCAGCAGCCUCCACCUCCGACCCUUACGAACCCGCGCUUCACCCUCGAGCUCGAGUUCGUCUCCUCUCUCGCCAAUCCCUACUACCUGUCCCACCUCGCCGUGACCUAUCCCAAUCUGCUGGGCGUCAAUAAGUCCGGUGAUGACAGCGACGCAAAUAUUGACUCCGUGGACCCGGACGCGCAGGCAUUCGCGGCCUACCUCGCCUACCUCUACUCCUACUGGAAGACUCCCGAAUACGCCCAGUUCUUGACCCAUCCUGGUGCAACCCUGCGUGCGCUCCGACUGCUCCAAGAGGAGACGUUCCGCCGCGACAUCAUUCGCCCCGACGUCAUUGAGAAUCUAGCGGGCACCGGUAUCACCGGCGAGCAAGGCGGCGGCGCGGCUGCAGAGACCGAGGGACAGGAGGAAGAACAACCCAAGACGAGCUAG